ACCAAUACUAAGAUUUAUCGCCGUAUGUGUGAAUGCAAUAAUAAAUAGAAGUUCAAUAAUGGUCACUCUUAUUUUCAUAUAGUAUAAAGCUCUAUAUUGCAAUAUAUUGAACAUCAAUUCUCAUCAAAUAAUAGCUGAAUGAUUGUUAAGAGUCGUAAUAAAAUACAAUAAAAUAAAUUGUCUCACAUGUCUUAACGAAAAUUUACUAAAAAUGUGUUAAUGUCUGGGCGGUCAAAAGAGUGUCUAGUUUCUGAUUCUUUUUUCACACUUUUUUAUUUUUUGGGAUAAAAUGUCGUAAGAUUGUUAUCUAUAUAUAUCCCUCAACAUACCCAUUGAUUCUUCAAACACAUCUCACUCUUCACCAGCUUAAACCCUAAACCAAGAUCUCUUUUUUUGUUCUCUCUCUCUCUCUCUCUCUCUCUCUCUCUCUCUCUCUCUCUCUCUCUCUCUCUCUCUCUCUCUCUCUCUCUUUCCUCAUUCUUUCUUCGACCAAAAUUUCUUGACAUAAAAUCAGGAAAAUGAAACAGCUUUCAACAAAAGUGACAAGCAAUGGUCAUGGACAAGACUCAUCCUACUUCUUGGGAUGGGAAGAGUACGAGAAGAAUCCUUACGAUGAGAUCAAGAACCCUAAUGGGAUGAUCCAGAUGGGUCUUGCCGAAAAUCAGCUAUGUUUCGAUCUCAUCGAGUCAUGGUUAGCUAAGAACCCAGACGCAGCUAGUCUCAAGAGGAACGGUCAAUCCAUUUUCAGAGAGCUUGCUCUCUUUCAAGACUAUCACGGCAUGCCUGAAUUCAAAAAAGCUAUGGCUGAGUUCAUGGAAGAGAUAAGAGGAAACAGAGUCACAUUUGAUCCCAAAAAGAUUGUUUUAGCCGCUGGUUCGACCUCAGCGAACGAGACACUCAUGUUUUGUCUCGCUGAGCCUGGCGAUGCUUUCCUUUUGCCUACUCCUUACUAUCCUGGAUUUGAUAGAGAUCUUAAAUGGAGAACUGGAGCUGAGAUCGUGCCGAUUCACUGCUCAAGCUCCAAUGGCUUCCAAAUCACGGAAGCAGCUCUUCAACAAGCUUACCAACAAGCCCACAAACUUGAUCUCAAAGUCAAAGGAGUUCUUGUCACGAAUCCAUCAAACCCACUUGGCACUGCGUUGACUAGACGUGAACUUAACCUUCUCGUUGACUUCAUCUCUUCCAAGAACAUUCAUCUCAUCAGCGACGAGAUCUACUCAGGCACUAUGUUCGGGUUUGAACAGUUCAUAAGCGUGAUGGAUGUCUUGAAAGACAAGAAACUCGAAAACACCGAGGUUUCUAAAAGAGUCCACGUCGUUUAUAGCCUUUCCAAGGAUCUAGGGCUUCCUGGUUUCCGCGUGGGAGCCAUCUACUCCAACGACGACAUGAUCGUUUCCGCCGCGACAAAAAUGUCGAGUUUCGGUCUUGUUUCUUCUCAGACUCAAUACCUUCUCUCUGCAUUGCUCUCAGACAAAAAGUUCACAAGCCAAUACCUCGAGGAGAAUCAGAAACGGCUCAAGUCCAGACAGAAACGCCUAGUGUCUGGUAUUGAGUCCGCAGGGAUUACUUGCCUGCGAAGCAACGCGGGUUUGUUCUGUUGGGUCGACAUGAGACACCUCUUGGACACAAACACAUUCGAAGCUGAGCUUGACCUCUGGAAAAAGAUUGUCUACAACGUGAAACUAAACAUCUCACCCGGUUCGUCGUGUCACUGCACCGAACCGGGUUGGUUUAGGGUUUGUUUCGCUAAUAUGAGCGAGGAUACACUCGAUUUGGCCUUGAAGAGACUCAAAACAUUCGUAGAGUCGACAGACUGUGGACGGAUGAUAUCAAGAAGCAGCCAUGAAAGGCUCAAGAGUUUGAGGAAGAAGACAGUCUCUAACUGGGUUUUCCGGGUUUCAUGGUCCGACCGUGUGCCUGAUGAGCGAUGAAGUUAUUCAUCUCCCUGAGUUUGAGACGACAACAAAGUCUUUAAAGGUUUUUUCUUCUUUAUUUCCUUCAUUUUUUAAUAUUUUGGAGAAGUAUUUUUCAUUUUCCAAGAUAUAUAUAAUAUCAUUAUAUAUGUGUAAUAUAUAUUCAUA